CUGUUACCUACGUCAACAUUAAGCAUAAAUUUCUCAAUUCCUUCCCUUAGAAGGUUACAUCUAUUCAAUAUCGUAGCAUAUAACGUUGUCGGCAUCCUUUCGCAAGAUCGGUACACCAAAUGCAUGCUAUCCCUGGAAGCAAACUGUAGAUAAAACUACACAUUUCAUAUUACAUUUCUCGCAUACGUUUUGCACCAGUUUUUGCUCGACGAAAAACGGAUGCAGAAUCAUACCGGAAAUGCAUAGCAUGCGAGUAACAUAGAUAACGGCGUAACAUAAACGUCGUGCCAACCUCGUGAACCCCCACACUCGGUGUGCGCACACAUCGAAGGACUGUUGUUCUAUUUUUGUGUGUGUGUUACAAACAAAUAGGUUAAGGACAUUCAUUCAUGAUGGGACAUUCCCAAAAACGCGCCACGAAUUUCCCGAACCACAUCGGUCUGGUGUAGCACACGGACUGCUCGGGCAAGCUCGGUCGGCGUUCGGCCGUUCGGCGACACGAAUAGCUGAUUAGUGUCGUGCGCGAGUGUUGCUGGAGAGAGUGUGAACGCGUCCACAACCAGUUCUAGUCAGGAGCUCAUCCCGAACGGAUGGUGGUGUUCGUGUUGGAACGUGUAAGCACGGUCGCCUGUGACAUAAAUGUGUGAAGCAAAUCGUCGUGAAGUGGUGAAAACAAGCAUUUAAAACCCUGAGAAAAAAAACUACCGCAUUGAAAACAAGUAAUUCUUGUGCCAAAUAAGCGCCAGUGUUCGAGUAAGGAGAAUGAGUAAACUUAAACCCAGCAUUUGCUCGUCUCCAUUAGCUUAACCUCGCCGCAUGCUUCUAAAUGUGCCGUUGCCAACACAGGUCCCCGGUGAUGAUGGUGCUGAUGAGAAUAAUGUGUGAAAAAUAGAUUACGGAAAGAUUCGGGUAGAGUGCGUUUAAAUAUUUUACGCGACAAAAGGCCAAACCGUUGUUCGAAUGGAAAGUGCCACCGGCUGGAUGGAUGGAUGGAUGAAAACAGGUUAAUCACUAAGCAGGGUGGUAGUGUAUAUGUGUGUUUAUGUGUGAGUGUGUUUGUGGAUGUGGAAUGCUUUGCCCAGAACGAGAUCAUACCGCCGGCAGCUCUGGUCGGUGCUGGGGAGAGGGCUUCUACCGUGGUACGUGUGUGUAAAUGAGGUGUGUAAGAGAGUGAUUUAGAAAAGUGUGAUCGUUUGGUUUGGAGUGAAGCAAAGCAAAAGAGCAAACCAUUCUCGAUGGAGAUACGGCAAGCUGCUACAAUGUACGCGCGGCGAAGCAUGAGUGGAGCUACGAUUACAGUGAUGCUCGUAAUGCUGAUAGUCAAAGCGGUCGACUCCGUGCACAUAACGCGUCUGUCGGUGCCGCGUGUGUACGUGCUAGAUAAUUACCAUCGCCAGCGGCACCAGCACCAUCAGUACUACGCGCCGGGCCAGGUGAGCGCCCGGGACGAUCCGGACAUACCGUUCGAUCCGGCGGAACCGCUGCUCCGUGCGCCCGACCCGGCCGAACAUCUCGUGCUGGACUGCGAGUACGUUAUCGAGCCGCACGAGACCGGGUUCGUGCUGAAGUGGCUGCACAACGAUGUGCCGAUCUACCAGUGGAUACCGCCCCAUCGCAGCCCGUCCAGCCUGAACCGGAUGCGGGACCACGUCAACCGGACGUUCACCGUGGGGAACGAGGCGAUGCACAAGCACCGGGCGCUGGCCCUGAUGCACCCGAGCCAGGACUUUGCCGGCAAGUACAGCUGCUCCGUCCAUACGUACCAAUCGUUCGACAUCAAGUCCGCCGAUCUGUUCAUCAUUGUGCCCGAGUCCGGGUUUGUGCUGAAGUACCAUCGCAACCUGAACGACCUGGUGACGGUCGUCUGCAGCGUGUACGGCAUUUUCCCAGCGCCCGAGCUGUCGCUGUGGAUCAACGACUAUCGGCUGGAGAACGGCACCGUCUACGAGAUCCCGGUGGCCGACGGGCUGUACGAUAGCUCGGUCAGCGUUCAGCUCGUGCUGUACGAGUCGCUGCAGCCGGACGAUGUGAUCAAAUGUAUGCUGGCCGUGCCCGGGACCGAGUACCGCCGGGCGAAGGAAACCGUGUUCGUAGAUGUAAAUAGCAGACCGUUCGGGGAGUCAAACUCCAUCCUGGAUCCGUUCGGCACGGUUGCCUACACCAGCAGCAGUACCAGCAGCAGCAGCAGUACGGUGAAAGUGUCCACCAGCAGCACACCGUCCGUGACGGUUCCGGUGACAACACCGGAGGCUACGAGCGUGAAGGUGACGACGACGGUGACGACGACUGCUGGCCAACAGCCGAGCUCGUCGGCCGUGGCCGGUACGGCCAGCUCGAAGGAUACGGUCCGGCCCCAGAUACCGUCCGUCAUCCGUUUGCGACCGACGGCCAGCUCGACCCGGGUGCUGACGGUGCAGCAGUCGAACGCGGUCGACUCGGACGAGAUAAUGAAUGUGUUAGACUUCAAGGAGCUGCUGAACGAGAACCUGCUCUACAACAGUGGCACCGCCCGGUUAGAACUUCACCGGUUGCGGUUUGUGGUUUGGGCUGGCAGCAGCAUACCGUUGCUCCACAUCGGCCAGCUACUGCUGGUAACGCUACGCCGAUGGCAGAUGCAUGGCUCGUAAUCCUGUUCAGCUGAAGGAGCAGAAGUUCGUUCGACCACUAUCACACGCACACAAACACACUCUAGAAAAGACGACGGCCUAGCAACUAACAUGAGAGGGAAGUAGAUGAAGAUCGUAGCGCUACACGCAACAACCGGAAACAGGAACCGCUUCUUUAUUACCACCGGAGCGUCACUUCAUUCAGCCAACAGAGAGGAGACACACCAAAUGAAGUCCGAUGGUUGCCGUUGGGAAAAUAUACUCUAAAAAGGAAAGAAACAAAAAAAAAGCAAAAACAAAACCCCUGUCCUGUGGUGUAUUAUUGCAAAGGACUGCAAGAAUACUCCGACCGCUGGAUGACGUUAGGAGCAUAGAAACGAUGGUCGCCCCCAUUUCGUUCCCAUUCCUGUAGCUUAGUAUCUUCCACUCUCGCUCUGUUUCUCGUUUCUCUAUCUCCCUUUCUAUCUUGUUACGCUCAACAAGCGGUCUUAAUCGGAUGCCAGAGAAAAUUCAGGGAGGGUUCGGGUGGGACAACCCAGCAGGUGCUUACAACCCGUUCCAUCCCCUUUCAACCCUGCGGCAGGGACGGUGGUAUCGAAGAAUGUGAACGAUUUUUGUUACUGACAUUGCAAAAUGAACCAAGAUGAGGAACAAGAAGAAAAAAAACCGAUAUGCUAGCUGAGGAUAGAAAGGUGUGUUUAGUCAGAAAAGAGAAAGGAUAAGAUUACAUUCGAACUAAAACAGCACUAAGAAGACACAGGCACAGGAACCCAUUGGACCCGGAUCUCUAUUUUGCCAAAUGUGUGUGCCACUACAAAAGGGGACGUGCAGGGAUAGGCACAACCUCUGAACAUGAAGAAAGCGGUACGCAUGUUAAUAUUGGACAAAAGUGAAUGUUAUAUGCUGCUCUAAAGAAAACAACAGUAAAAUAAACACACAAAGGCGCACAAAUAGAUAGAAAUCAAUUCGAGCUGGCGUUUGCCGAGUAAAGCGAGAGUUUGGUGCGUGCGUUAAGACCUAUCCUAUUCAAUGAGGCAUCGAUUUACCGGUUUUAGGUGGUUACUAUUGUUGUUAGACUGUGCGAACUAAAGGACAAUACGGUGUUGUUUCGGAAUCAAAAAGCUAAAGCUAAUCAACACACGAUACACACGAUAAAAACGCACACACGUUGUAUGAUCCGCUUCACGGUAGUGCGAGAAGGGCGAGCAGUUCGCUACAUUGAAACGUUCCCUAACUUUGUGUUAUUUGUGAUAUUAUCCUGCUCCCUUGCUUAGUUCUCACAUCUCUUCUCUUCUCCCUUACAUUCGCUUUCUCUUGCAUCAUUGGAGGAAGUACGUUAUUUUUUCUAAUGUUGCGGCAAGAACAAAAAAAAGAUUGUAAAUAAAGAAAAUAAGCUAUACUGAACUAAACGUAACUAAAAAACAGCAUGCCAAACCAGUGUGACACACACACAACAGUGUGUCACAUAAGAAUAUUACACAUACACACAGACACACAUAAACACACUACAAUUGUGCGCUUGUAAACUAAACACAUAUACACGGAACGGCAGAACACAAAAACUGAUAAUAAUACCGAAUGCUGAUGAUGUUAAAAUAUAACGAAUAUGAACUGAACUCGAAAUCAGUUUUCCAGUGUUGGCCUUGAUUCUCGGAAAGAACUGAACCGAAAAAACGAUCCCCAAGGAAAUGCUACGUUGCAAGGUAAGGUAACCAAGGGGGUUUUGUGCGAUGGGCAAUUCCAGAACAACAAAAAACCCCUCCCUCCAACCCUAAUCCGAACACGUCCUAUGCAAACACGUUAAACAGGUGUGCCUGCGGCGGUGAGGUAGCGAUGAGCUUUAAACGGCCACGACCAGGACGAGGGACUCGCUUCCAGGAAAUUGCUCGGGCUCGGAAAGAAAAUCAAACCCCUUUAAUGCGAAAGCCAAAUAUUGGUUGGCGCUGCCCAUUUUGCUCGCAUGCCUUGUUGCUUUGUAUCCCUGUUUUUUUUGCUGUGGGUUGGUGAAGUAGGUGAAGAAGGAGUCCCGGAGAAGCUUUACCAUAAAAUUAGUUCCUUCUUGCGUUUUAAAAUUCUAAUUAGCUGUAA